AUGUGUUCCUUGGGUGUCUGGGCCGGUGCCAUCCCAAUUCAAAAAGUUUGGGGCCUGCGUGGCAUUCUCAGUCCCAGUGGGACUCUCCACUCCGAGCUUCAAAGACACGGAUGCUUGGAUCACAUUGCUUGUUCCAGCGACCCAGCAACUGGAUACGCUCUCAGAGCCCAUUUUGAGUUACAGAUUGGAUAG